GGAGCUGAAUGGAUUUGGUUCUGCUCGAGAGAUCGAUUGUUUAUAUCCGUAACAUCAAGCAAGUUAUAGCCAAGGUAGAAGAAGUGGGCUUCAUUGGUCCGAAAAUCUUUCGGGCCACGACCGCAUCCUGGCAUAGGUUUGGGAAUCACCACGCUCACUGGCAAGCGGUUCUAGAAGAGGAGCAAAGCUUCGUGACAUCACGGUACACGGUGGCUGUCUUUAACAAGCAUGUGAUACCAAUCUUCAAAGCGGCUGGCUGGAGCAUCGUCGAUGCAUACACGAGCACAACGGCACGGCCGGAUGCGACACAAUCGUCGCCAAAGCAAAAUAAGGCUGCCAUGGUUCACUUUGAGCCCGAUGUUGCUCAUCUUCACAAUCGUCAGAUGUUGGGCCUUACUUUAUUGCAACGUUGUCCGAACGUAUUGAAAAGGGAGUGCUCAUUAUUAGUCCAGUGACUUGCAGUUGACAGUAAAACACUUCGUCCGAUCAAGUACAUCAGACGAGUUGGAAGCUGAUCAUCAAGAUGUUCAUAGCAAAAUUGACGUAAAGAAGGUUCGAUAAUCAUAGGCGCGAACAAUGUAAUUAGCAUAUCUCUGCGCCCCGGGCC